GGUCGCUGCCUACCAAACCAAGACCUUUGUGUUUCUGCCGGAGAGGUCAGUGGGUGAUCCUGACAUGGACAUGAUCACAACCAUCAACAUCCCAGCUGUAGUGAGUAACUCUCUGUGUGUGUGUUUACACUGUUAUGAGCUCUUAUUUUUCUCUUCUAAAGCCAACCAUCAUGUUCAGUGUUGUGGUAUGUAGAGGUUUAGCGUAGAGGUUUAGCGGCUCCUAAGUAUAAGCAUAUAAUUAAUUUCUUAAUCUUUCUGUUUUCUCUUUUUUCUUGUUGUGUUGUAGUUGUGUUGUUUUUUGGUCGUUGUGUUCUUAGUUUGAAUUUGUGUCGCUGUUCUUGUCCAUUAGUGUUCUGUAUUUUGUAAUGUUCUAUGUUUUGUGUGGACCCCAGGAAGAAUAGCUGCUGUAAUCUCUCUCCCUCUCCAUUACCCCCCCCCCCCCCCCCCCCCCCCCUCUCCCCCCUCUUAUCUCCUAUCUAUCUAUCUCCUCUCUCUUAUCUCUGUUAUGUCUCCCUCAUUCACUUUAUCUCUAUCUCUCUCUCUCCCUCCCUCUAUCCUACCAUCCCUCCCCCUCCCUCCUCUGCUCAGGCUGUGAUGAACAAGGUAAAGGAUAGCUUCUGGAAGAGUUCUAUGGUGUCUAUCUGGAUGAACUCCCUGCAUGUGGGCAUGUUCAUGACGCACUCCGUCAACGAGCUUUUGUGGGGCUUCAAGGACCCUCUGCUGUCCCGCAUACACCCCAUGAACCCCGAGAUCGAUGAGUACUUUGGCCUCAUGUAUAAGGUAGGUCAAUAGGGAGUGAAUACAAAAUACAAAAUCUGACACACUCAACCCUUUUUAAGUUCUCUAAAGAACAAUAUAGUCUAUGGUCAUUGAUACCUGUUUUGUCUGCUGGUGGUUGCCACUUUCACCUGAAGUCUGUGGAUGAUAAAAUAUUAUUAUGAUAAAAUAAUAUUAAUGGCCUUUUAGAAUGAUUUUCCUUCUCUUUUCCACUCUGUAGAAAAAUGGAAGCAAUGAUGGUGAAUUUGUUUACCAUACCGGGGAGGGAGACUUCAUGGACUAUGGCAGGAUAGCCAGAUUUAAAGGAGAAAGGUACUGAAACAUAUUGACCCUGAUGACACACGUUUCUGUGUUGUAACUUUAGAUAAUAGACAACGUGAUGCUCACUCACUCACAAAUCAAAUCAAACUUUAUUUAUAUAGCACAUUUCUUACAACUCCAAAAUAUGUAACUGUAACUGUAACUGUAACUGCCUCCUACAAUACAUACUGUACAUGUACAUCAUCUUCCCCGAACACACACUGGACAUUCUGUCCAAGUUUUAUAUAUUUAUUUGAUGAUGUGAAACCCAUCAUUGUUCUGGUAUAAAGGACUGGAACAGAACAGUCCAUUUGUUUCCUAAGAACUGCUUCAUAAUGCCAGACAGUAACAGAGGACAGGGUUGUGUCCCAACUGGCACACUGUUCCCUAUGUAGUGCAUUACUUUUGACCAGAGCCCCUAUGGCCAUUUGGAAUGCAGACUGCAGCACCAGAGAAAGAGACUCUCCAGAGGCCCCUAGCUUUCUUUAAUACGUUGAUUGAUAAGUCACACAAGCCUAAACAAUCAAGCAUUGGGAUGGAUGGUGCUUUUUAUUUAAUAGGUAUUAUAAAGAUGUACAUGUGUAUUUUUUAUUUAAUCAAGUUACAUUUAGAAAUACAUUUUGUGUUUCAGCAAACUGAGUCUGUGGACGUCUGAGCAGAGUAACAUGAUCAACGGUACAGAUGGGAGUGCCUUCCACCCCUUGCUGUCCAAAAAGGAGAGACUGUACAUCUUCAGUCCUGACCUGUGCAGGUAGGCUACAAUACAGAAUCAUACUGAUCAGAACAUAACAGAUGUCUCACUAAACUGUAUGUCAUAGGUCACUAAAACACACCAAUUUUGACAGGGUUGGGGUAAAUUCCAUUUCAAGUCAAGUCAGGAAGUAUUGCUUUUAAAUGAGGAAAUUUAAUUGACCUCAACUCUGCUAAACAGUAUGUCAAAGGUCAGUGUUGAAUAUAUACAGUUUUACUGUGGGAAAAGGAUCCCACGAGAAAAUUGUCUAAGUUCAGAAGCGAUGUUCCUCAUUGAGCAAUGGCCUGUGGUCUCAUGAGUGACUUUUCACCUGGUAAGGAUGAGAAUGUGAUGAUGAGGUACUGGUUUAUUCUGAGUCUGUGGAUUUCAAAGCAGAUUAACAUGAUCAAUGGGAUGGAUGGCAGGGCCUUCCACCCCCUGCUGUCCAAGAAGGAGAGACUCUCAGUCCUCACCUGUGCAGGUACAGUAUGAAAUACAUAAUCAUGUCAGAACAGAACAUUAUGUCUCACUAAACAGCAGGUUUUGGAUCAGUUCCAUUUUCUCAUUUAAUAAAAGUAUUGAAAAGCUUGUACCUACUUCCUGAAUUGAAAUGGAAUUGACCCCAACCAACCUUGCUAACAGUAUGCCACUGAAAAUAAAUGCAACACUUUAAGUUGACUGUUCAAUACAUACAGAACAGUUCAACUGUGGUAAAAUGUAUCUCAGCUAUGUUCCUCAUUGAGCAAUGAUCUGGGUUCUCAUCAUGCGUGACCUUUCACCUGGUUAGGAUUUGAGUGGUGAUGAGGUAGUGGUUUAUUCUGGGCCCUACAGACUCGCCUCAGCAGAAGAGGAAAGACAUAUUUUAUUAGUGGCAUUGGAAUAAUGUUUCCACAUGGUUGGGAUCUCAUGAGAUGGUUAUCACUUACACACAUGAACAGAGACCGGUGACCUCCCUAUGGUCCCCGUCCAGCUAUCUUUACCUCUCUAUGGCCCUGCUCCAGCCCUGUACAUCUAUAUUUACAGCUGCCUAGAUACUAACACAACUAACACAGCUACUGAUCAGAUACUAACAGACUCUACUGAGAGCUACUGAAAGACAUAAACACUAGACUCCAUACAUAAUGUGACCUUACAGUGAAUGAAAACUGCCCCUGCAACAGAUGUUUUUGUUUGUUUUUGUAAUAUAAUUUCAAAUACAUUAUCUGCGUUUGAUUGAGCUUACCUGACUUAAUGGACCAAUAGAAUAGUCCCAAAAUGGCAAGCUCUAGCUAUCUGGCACUCCAGGCAGGCAAGAGCAAACGCUCAAAGUAUUUGAAACAUUUAAAAUAGUAUUUGAACCCAGGUCUGUCCUGCAAGAGACUGCUGCUGGUAUUUCUAUGAUCAUGUAACACUGUACAUCUAGUCAGCACUACCAGUGAAUCCUGAGAAUUGGGACUCCUCUGGAAUUUAUUUUUUACGUUUCUGGCAGACAUGGAUCAAAUGGAUCAGUUCUGUUUGAUUUCACAAUGGACUGUUUCCCAAUGGAUGUAAAGCCAAUCCAGAUGGGUUCAGUAUGGAGAGGGUCGAUGUUUUGUGUAAAUCUUUUUUAAGAGCCUUGGUAGGAUAUUCUGUAUAUAAUACUGUAAUUGUUUUUCUGCUGUCUCUAACUAAUGAUGAUGAUUGUUACUUUUAAUUUUAAAUCAAUUCUGACCACUGUGUCGCUUUGCAUCUGUCUCUUGGGUGGCUGACACUUUGGUGGCUAUUGGCAAAGUGAUCAGUGUCAUCAGAGGUUGAUACGUGCACUUUGACACGAUCAAACCCCUUUGUGUCUCUGUGACUUUUCACCUGCCUUAAACUCUCCGCUUAUUGUUGAUUUGGAGGGGGGUUAACGGGGACCUAAAUGGCACCCUAUUCCCACAUAGUGCACUACUUUUGACAUUAGGGAAGCAGCCAGUGGCUCACAGCCCACUUCUUGUUAUUUUAUUCUAAUUAUAAUAGGAAGUUGUUGUUCUAGUCAUUAGUCAUGUCCAACAACCUUUAUACACACAUUGUUUUAAGUAUUAGGGAAGAGCUGAUGCACUAUGUCCCACAUCUGUCAAAUGUCAUUUGGCAAUGACCAAAGGAUCAAGUCAACUGGAGGAAGCAGUUUUUUUUUCUUCGAAUUUCUGUUUAAUUCCAGAGCUGAUGCACUAUGUUCCACAUUGGACGAAUGUUCAUCUCUCAUGAAAAAAAGGUGUAAAUAUACAGCUCUGGAAAAAAUUAAGAGACCACUGCAAAUUGUUCUUAAAUCAGCAUCUCUACAUGUAUGACAGCCAUUCCAUUCCAUUGUCUGUUGAAUCCAACACAGGCACACCUCAUUCUACUGAAUUAGGUACUGAUUAGGUGAUCACAUGAACCAAAUCUUAUUUAACGAGGAAAAGUAUAAAAACCACUGCUGUGGUCAUCACUAUCAUCUUGCAAUAGGACCAGCUGGAUGGCAAAAACAGUGCUAAUAGUACCUCAAAAGUAAUAUUAAUCCAAAAAGAACUAUCGACCAUGCCAAAAGGAAAGUUUUGAGUGAGGAAAAGAAGGGUUCAAUUCUGGCUUUACUGGCAGAGGGAUACAGUGUGCGUCAGGUUGCUUCCAUCCUUAAAAUGUCAAAGACGGCGGUUCAUAAGAACAAGGUCAAGCAGCAGACAUUGGGGACAACAAAGCUACAGACCGGCAGAGAGCGAAAACGACUCUCUACUGACCGGGAUGACCGCCAACUCAUUCGAAUGUCACUCAACAACCGUAGGAUGACAUCAAGUGACCUACAAAAAUAAUGGCAAAUGGCAGCUGGGGUGAAGUGCACAGCGAGGACGGUUCGACACAGCCUCCAAUGGGCAGGGCUGAAGUCAUGCAAAGCUAGAAAAAAGCCCUUCAUCAAUGAGAAGCAAAGAAGAGCCAGUCUGAGGUUUGCAAAAGACCAUAAGGAUUGGACCGUAGAGGACUGGAGUAAGGUCAUCUUCUCUGAUGAGUCCAAUUUUCAGCUUUGCCCAACACCUGGUCAUCUAAUGGUUAGACGGAGACCUGGAGAGGCCUACAAGCCACAGUGUCUCGCACCCACUGUGAAAUUUGGUGGAGGAUCGGUGAUGAUCUGGGGGUGCUUCAGCAAGUCUGGAAUCGGGCAGAUUUGUCUUUGUGAAGGACGCAUUAAUCAAGCCACGUACAAGGUUGUCCUGGAAGAAAACGUUAUUCCUUUUGCUCUGACAUUGUUCCCCAACUCUGAGGAUUGGUUUUUCCAGCAGGAUAAUGCGUCAUAUCACACAGCCAGGUCAAUCAAGGUGUGGAUGGAGGACCACCAGAUCAAGACCCUGUCAUGGCCAGCCCAAUCUCCAGACCUGAACCCCAUUGAAAACUUCUGGAAUGUGGAAGAUCUUCAAGAGGAAGAUGAAUGGUCACAAGACAUCAAACAAAGCCGAGCUGCUUGAAUUUUUGCGCCAGGAGUGGCAUAAAUUCACCCAACAUCAAUGUGAAAGACUGGUGGAGAGCAUGCCAAGACACAUGAAAAUCAGGGUUAUUCCACCAAAUAUAGAUUUUUGAACUCUUCCUAAGUUAAAACAUUACUAUUGUGUUGUUUAAAAAUGUAUUUUCUUUGCAUUAUUCGAGGUUUGACAACACUGCAUCUCUUUUGUUAUUUUUACCAGUUGUCAUUUUCUGCAAAUAAAUGCUCUAAAUUACAAUAUUUUUAUUUGGAAUUUGGGAGAAAUUGUGUCAGUAGUUUAUAGAAUAAAACAAAAAUGUUAUUUUUACCCAAACACAUACCUAUUAAUAGUAAAACUAGAGAAACUGAUAAUUUUGCAGUGGUCUCUUAAUUUAUUCCGCAGCUGUAUACAGUGGGGGAAAAAAGUAUUUAGUCAGCCACCAAUUGUGCAAGUUCUCCCACUUAAAAAGAUGAGAGAGGCCUGUAAUUUUCAUCAUAGGUACACGUCAACUAUGACAGACAAAAUGAGAAAAUAAAAUCCAGAAAAUCACAUUGUAGGAUUUUUAAUGAAUUUAUUUGCAAAUUAUGGUGGAAAAUAAGUAUUUAGUCAACGACAAAAGUUUCUCAAUACUUUGUUAUAUACCCUUUGUUGGCAAUGACACAGGUCAAACGUUUUCUGUAAGUCUUCACAAGGUUUUCACACACUGUUGCUGGUAUUUUGGCCCAUUCCUCCAUGCAGAUCUCCUCUAGAGCAGUGAUGUUUUGGGGCUGUCGCUGGGCAACACAGACUUUCAACUCCCUCCAAAGAUUUUCUAUGGGGUUGAGAUCUGGAGACUGGCUAGGCCACUCCAGGACCUUGAAAUGCUUCUUACGAAGCCACUCCUUCGUUGCCCGGGCGGUGUGUUUGGGAUCAUUGUCAUGCUGAAAGACCCAGCCACGUUUCAUCUUCAAUGCCCUUGCUGAUGGAAGGAGGUUUUCACUCAAAAUCUCGCGAUACAUGGCCCCAUUCAUUCUUUCCUUUACACGGAUCAGUCGUCCUGGUCCCUUUGCAGAAAAACAGCCCCAAAGCAUGAUGUUUCCACCCCCAUGCUUCACAGUAGGUAUGGUGUUCUUUGGAUGCAACUCAGCAUUCUUUGUCCUCCAAACACGAAGAGUUGAGUUUUUACCAAGAAGUUAUAUUUUGGUUUCAUCUGACCAUAUGACAUUCUCCCAAUCCUCUUCUGGAUCAUCCAAAUGCACUCUAGCAAACUUCAGACAGGCCUGGACAUGUACUGGCUUAAGCAGGGGGACACGUCUGGCACUGCAGGAUUUGAGUCCCUGGCGGCGUAGUGUGUUACUGAUGGUAGGCUUUGUUACUUUGGUCCCAGCUCUCUGCAGGUCAUUCACUAGGUCCCCCCGUGUGGUUCUGGGAUUUUUGCUCAUCGUUCUUGUGAUCAUUUUGACCCCACGGGGUGAGAUCUUGCGUGGAGCCCCAGAUCGAGGGAGAUUAUCAGUGGUCUUGUAUGUCUUCCAUUUCCUAAUAAUUGCUCCCACAGUUGAUUUCUUCAAACCAAGCUGCUUACCUAUUGCAGAUUCAGUCUUCCCAGCCUGGUGCAGGUCUACAAUUUUGUUUCUGGUGUCCUUUGACAGCUCUUUGGUCUUGGCCAUAGUGGAGUUUGGAGUGUGACUGUUUGAGGUUGUGGACAGGUGUCUUUUAUACUGAUAACAAGUUCAAACAGGUGCCAUUAAUACAGGUAACGAGUGGAGGACAGAGGAGCCUCUUAAAGAAGAAGUUACAGGUCUUGUUUGUAGGUGACCAAAUACUUAUUUUCCACCAUAAUUUGCAAAUAAAUUCAUUAAAAAUCCUACAAUGUGAUUUUCUGGAAAAAAUUGUAUCUUUGUCUGUCAUAGUUGACGUGUACCUAUGAUGAAAAUUACAGGCAUCUCUCAUCUUUUUAAGUGGGAGAACAUGCACAAUUGGUGGCUGACUAAAUACUUUUUUCCCCCACUGUAUAUGUAAAGUUAAAUCAAGUUAAGAUCUAGUUGUGGAUUCCAAGAUUAGAGGAAUGUAAACAACUUAAAGAUCAUCUGGACUUACCGUUGGGGUCAAUAUCAUUUAGAAUGUCAGUUUAUGUCCUGAGUUAACUGAAUUGAAACGGACCCCAAACCUGGGUACCAGUACCACAGUGAUCUCCAGAGGUAAUUUCCCCUGUGGAUAACUUGUGAGUGACAUGACCUGUGACCCCUGACCUCUAAUCUAUGAGUGUAAAUUGGAUUUAGGGUCUGUGGGUAGAGGCAAGUGUAGUUCAACACAUGUUCACCACUACACAGCUUUCUGAAAGAUGAGCACAUCUCUCAGACAAUAAAGUGCAUUGUUGCAGGUGGCCUAGCUGAAGACCUGACAGUCAGACCUGGGUACAAAUACUAUUUAAAAUCAUUUCAGAUAUUUUAGCUGGCCUUGAUUGAGCUUGCCUGGCAUAAUGGAACCAAUAGAAUAGUCACAAUAGUCUCUAAGCAGGUUAAAACAAACGUUCCAAGGUUUUGAAAGAUUUCGAAACUUUUUGAUCCCAUGUCUGCUUACAGUAUCCUUCCAGCCUUUUGGCUCAGACUGUGUGUUGUCAUUUGUAUUUUCUAAACACUACAGAAUCCAUGGCCACUUUUACGGUAUGGUGCCUAUAACAGUAUCUUAUUGUGUAGUGCACUGCAGUUCACUAGCAAAAUGUAACACUUUUCACUAGGGGGAAUGCAACACUUAACAUGAUUAAAAGACCACCCUUACUGUUGGUGUGGUUCCAUGCAUUCAUAUCAGUCCAAAUGUGAGCGAGUAGUUCCCAAGAUAGUAUGAGCUGUAUUAAUUUAAAACAUUAGUGGGGAAUGCUGUAAGUGAAUAUUGUGUUUUGUUUUUUAUGAUCAUGUUUUGUAAUUUAGUAUUUUAUUGUGUUUUAUAUUGAUGUGUGUGUUUGUAUUGUGCAGGGCUCAUUUUCAGGCAGUACAUUUUGAGUGUUUGAUUGACUGACUGAUUGAUUGUUAUUUUGUUUGCUGUGAUCCUCAGGUCCAUCUUCAUGGAGUUUGAGAAGGAUGUGGAGGUGAAGGGGCUCCCAGCGUAUCGUUUCACCCCUCCUCGUGACGUGCUGGCCAGCAAGGAGGAGAACCCAGCCAAUGAAGGCUUCUGUGUCUCCCCCAAAGAGUGCCUGGGUAGCGGAGUGCUCAAAGUCAGCAUGUGCAAA